AUUAAUGCUCUCGUCCCCAGAAAACCCCCACCUUUCCCACUCCACUCCUCGGCCCCUCCGUCCAUGGCGCCCCCCUCUGCCCCCUCCUCGUCGGCGGCGCCGCCACCGUGGCGGCGGCGCCACCCCGUCCUCCUCUCCCUCCUCCUCCUCGUCCUCCUCUUCUUCCUCUCCUUCCAGGUCGUCGUCCACGUCCCCUCGCUCAGAUCGGCGGUAUCGCGGCGGCUCUUCCCCGACCACCGCCACCGCCCCGCGCGCGAGGGCGGUCCCCGGAGCUGCCCCGGCUGCGGCGAUCUGCAGGACGUGGAGGACUUCAACAGGACCGUCGCGUACACGGACCAGGACGGCCGGAUCAAGCUGUUCAGGGUCACCGCCAGGGAGCUCGCGGCCUCCUCCAUCUGGGAGAACCCUCUGCUGCUGCCCAGAGACACCCAGCCGGCAGCCGGAGCUAAAGCAGAGGCUGCGGAGGAGCGGCUGCUCGCCGCUGGAUCAGACGGCGCCAACCUUUCAAGCGCUGCGGUUCCGGCCACCCAAAGAACUGAUCCGAUAAAACUAAAGCGAGAGGUAUUCCGACGCAGGCGGAAAGAGCAGAGGAUUCAGGAGCUGCUUCACAUGGACAAGGAGGCCGAACUCCAGAUGCGAAGCAUGGCCACCAACAGCUCGAGGAACUUUGACAAUAAAGUGAAAGCCAGCUACAAUAUAUGGAGGCAGGAGUUCCACCACACGAAUACAGACUCCACGCUGAAGCUCAUGAAGGACCAGAUAAUAAUGGCGAAGGUGUACGCCACCAUUGCACGCUCCCAGGACGAGCCUGACUUGUAUACUUUACUCAUGAAAUGCAUAAAAGAAAGCAAAGCAGCUAUCGGGGACGCACAUAUGGACAGUGAGCUGGAUUCGAGCGCUUUAGAGCGAGCAAAAGCGAUGGGGCAUGUUCUGUCUUCGGCUAGAGAUGUUCUGUACAACUCUGACGAAGUAUCGAGAAGAUUGCGUGUUAUGCUGCAGUCCGCGGAACUCAGUAUUGACACAGUGAAGAAGCAGAACACGUUCCUGGUUCAGCAUGCUGCAAAGACGGUUCCCAUGCCUUUGCACUGCCUACACAUGCAAUUGAUAACCGACUAUUAUUUCCGUGAUGGUGUGAUCAAGGAGUACUUUCAUGAUGCUGCUUUGAAGGACGAAGAGGAUAAAGCAAAGCUCGAGGAUCGGUCACUCUAUCACUACGCUAUAUUUUCUGAUAAUGUCCUUGCUGCCUCAGUAGUUGUCAGAUCAACUGUGACACAUGCCAAGGAACCAGAUAAGCACGUGUUCCACAUCGUCACCGACAAGCUUAAUUUUGCUGCCAUGAAGAUGUGGUUUAUCAGUCAUUCUUCUCGCCCUGCUACUGUCCAUGUGGAGAACAUCGACAAUUUCAAGUGGCUCAAUUCGUCUUAUUGUUCAGUUAUGAGGCAACUUGAGUCAGCUCGUCUCAAGGAAUAUUACUUUAAAGCACAUGAUCCGUCAUCACUCUCCGAUGGGAACGAGAAUCUGAAGUACAGGAACCCAAAAUAUUUGUCUAUGCUCAACCAUCUAAGGUUCUACAUGCCAGAGAUACAUCCCAAGCUUGACAAGAUACUGUUUCUGGAUGAUGAUGUUGUUGUGCAGAAGGACUUGACACCCCUCUGGGAUGUUGAUCUCAAAGGGAUGGUAAAUGGUGCAGUUGAGACCUGCAAAGAGAGUUUCCAUCGCUUUGACACUUAUCUCAACUUCUCACACCCUAAGAUCUCUGAGAACUUUGAUCCACGUGCUUGCGGGUGGGCUUUUGGAAUGAACAUGUUUGAUCUGAAGGAGUGGAAGAAGCGAAACAUCACCGGAAUAUACCAUUAUUGGCAAGAUUUGAAUGAGGAUCGCAAGCUGUGGAAGUUGGGCACAUUGCCUCCAGGGCUAAUUACCUUCUACAAUUUGACAUACCCAUUGGAUCGCACUUGGCAUGUCUUGGGCCUUGGCUAUGAUCCAGCCGUUGACAUUGCUGAAAUCGAGAAUGCUGCAGUAGUUCAUUACAACGGGAAUUACAAGCCCUGGCUGGACCUUGCCAUUUCCAAGUACAAGGCCUACUGGUCCAAGUAUGUCGAUGUUGGCAGCCCACACAUUAGACAUUGCUAUGACGGCAAACAAUGACAUAUGUGUCAUUCUGUUUUGGUGCUUUUGGACCAUGAGUUUUUCCUUGGGAGGGAGUUAGGUAGAGCAGUCUAACAUAGUUUCAUCAUCAUAAUCUUGCCAUUCUUGCGCUUAAUAAUCUAGCUUUUAUUCAUGUAUCAAGUUCGUGCAUGGUGAUUAUGAUUCAGAACAUAGUAAAAUUUCUUUUACUGACUCAAGAAUACAUUACAUGUUGUAUGGAAUAUGAGUUGACAGAAGAGUAAAUGUUCAACAAGGUAAUAAAGAGAAAUUGAAUUGUUUA